CGCCUCCGGCCCCUCCAUUAGACACCCAGACAUUGACUUGGAUGCAUCGGAAGAAGCGGCAUUAGGAUUUAAAGACCGUUCCUCCUUUUACCCUGUAGCACAGUACUAGCAGAAAGACAAAGGUACACACAAGAUAACUAGCUAGCUAGAAACUGGUCAAGGGAUCGAUCUAGACCAUGUCAUCGUCGUCCAAGAGGAAGAGGGCGGCCAUAGAUCUCGAGAGGAGCGGCGACGACGAUGAUGGCGAUCGACGGGCCGAAGACGAAGGUGGCUGCGGUUCGGCAGCAGAGAAGGAGGGAGAAGUCAAGCAAGGAGAGGAGGAACACGCCGAGACGAAGAAGGUGGUUGUUGGAGUGGUUGUGGACCGGGCAGGAGACGGCUCCAAAGAGGAGAUCAAAUUCAGCACUCAAUUACAACAAGGUGAGGUACCGAUGGAGGAAGACCGCAAGAAAUCACCAUCUCCUGACGCCGACGAGGAGGAGAGCGACGGGGUGGGGGCUGUUGCGGAAGACAAGCACAUGGUGGAGGCGGCCCGGCCUGGCGACGGCGACGGUACCGGAGAAGAAGAAGAUAGCCGUAUCAUCUCCAUGGCACAAGCAGGCGAGUUGAGCACGAUGCAGGAGGAGAUGGAGAAGAUGAAGGAGGAGAACAAGAUGCUCCGGCGAGUGGUGGACCGGACCGUGCGCGACUACUACGAGCUGCAGACCAAGCUGGCCGCCUACCAGAAGUUACCGGCAGAUGAUGCGCCCAAGGAGACCGACGUGUUCCUCUCCCUCGGCGCCACGGCUGGCCUGGGCCCGGAGCAGCAGCAGGCAGAGGCACGGCGGCCAUCGGCAGGAAGCGAUGAUACGGCAGCCGACGACGGCUGCAGGCCGGGUCAGGACAAUCUAGGGCUGUCUCUCAGCCUGGGCGCGUCGUCGUCGUACGAAGAUCAGGAGAAGACGGGUCUGGAAGCUGCGGCGCCGGGCAUGGCAAUGAGCAUCGACGAUGUUGAUGACGAUGGCGGCGGCAACAAGGCCGGCUACGCGCUGCUGGAGAGCAGCAAGAUGGCCCCGCCGGAUCAGGUCGCUGGUGGGCAGCAGCAGCAGCAGGGCCAGGGCGUCAACGCGGCCAACAACCGCAAGGCUAGGGUUUCCGUGCGCGUCCGGUGCCAAGGCUCCACCAUGAACGAUGGGUGCCAAUGGCGCAAGUACGGGCAGAAGGUGGCCAAGGGGAACCCGUGCCCCAGAGCCUACUACCGGUGCACCGUCGCACCGGGCUGCCCCGUCCGGAAGCAGGUGCAGAGAUGCCAGGAGGACAUGUCGAUCCUGAUCACGACGUACGAGGGAACCCACAACCACCCGCUCCCCAUCGGCGCCACCGCCAUGGCCGCCAGCUCCACCGCCUCCUCCAACGACACCUUCAUGCUCCUCUCCUCCAACAACUCCUCCUCCUCCUCCGUCUCCGGCGCCGGCCCGCCGCCCUCCUCCUACCUCAGCCCCUUCCUUCUCAACUCCGGCUCCCAGUACCCCGGCGCCAUGGCCGGCGGCGCGCAGCAUCUCAACCUGUUCGGCAAUCCCUCGUCCGCGCAGCACCUCAAGUACCCUGCAUGGCCUCCGAGCUACCCUUCGUCGCACGCCGGAGCGGCCGGCGGCAAGAGGCCGUUCUGGAGCGCCGGAGCUGGGGACGACAGGCCGACCACGGCAGCGGACAAUGCCGGCACGGCUGCGGCAGACUCGAACAGGUUCUCGGCGGCGAUCGCCGCCGCGAUCAAGAACUACGCGGGGAAGGACGGCGGCGGUCAGGUGAUGGGUGGAAAGGAAGGGGAGAGUAGCAGCAGCAAGUGGGGGGUCGUUGAAUCACUUCCACCCCCAUGAUCGAUCGAGCUGCGUGAGAGUGAGACUAUAGCUAGCUGGCUAAUUAAUGGCGUGACAAGGAAGGAUUAAAAUGGGGGAUUGGAUUAGAGUUGUGUUGUGUGUGUAAACAGAUCAAGCCGAGGUGCAAAUGCGCCUUGGAGGAUU